GGGCGCAGCUGCCACCGCCGCGACUCCCACCUCGUUCGGUUAUCGAAUUUGGAAUCCCCGCGCCUGGGUAACAAUGAAGCAGAGUUCGAACGUGCCGGCCUUCCUCAGCAAGCUGUGGACUCUGGUGGAGGAAACCCACACCAACGAGUUCAUCACCUGGAGCCAGAAUGGUCAAAGUUUUCUGGUUUUGGAUGAACAAAGAUUUGCAAAAGAAAUUCUUCCCAAAUACUUCAAACACAAUAACAUGGCAAGCUUUGUGAGGCAAUUGAAUAUGUAUGGAUUUCGUAAAGUAGUACAUAUUGACUCUGGAAUCAUAAAGCAGGAACGAGAUGGGCCUGUUGAAUUUCAGCAUCCUUACUUCAAACAAGGCCAGGAUGACUUGUUAGAAAAUAUCAAACGAAAGGUUUCAUCUUCAAAACCAGAAGAAAAUAAAAUUCGUCAGGAAGAUUUAACAAAAAUUAUGAGUAGUGCUCAGAAGGUUCAAAUAAAGCAAGAAACUAUUGAGUCCAGGCUUUCUGAAUUGAAAAGUGAGAAUGAGUCCCUUUGGAAGGAGGUGUCAGAAUUGCGAGCAAAACAUGCACAACAGCAACAAGUUAUUCGAAAAAUUGUCCAAUUUAUUGUCACAUUGGUUCAGAAUAACCAACUUGUGAGUUUAAAACGUAAAAGACCUCUACUUUUAAAUACUAAUGGAGCCCAAAAGAAGAAUCUGUUUCAGCACAUAGUCAAAGAAUCAGCUGAUAAUCACCAUCACAAAGUUCCACAUAGUAGAACUGAAGGUUUACAACCAAGGGAACGGAUUUCAGAUGAUAUCAUUAUAUAUGAUGUUACUGAUGAUAAUGCAGAUGAAGAAAAUAUCCCAGUUAUUCCAGAAACAAAUGAAGAUGUCAUAUCUGAUUCCUCAAACUGUAGCCAGUACCCUGAUAUUGUCAUUGUUGAAGAUGAUAAUGAAGAUGAGUAUGCACCUGUUAUUCAGAGUGGAGAUCAAAGUGAACCAGCCCAAGAGUCUCUAAGUUCAAGCAGUGAUGGCACCAGCCCCCUGAUGUCUAGUGCUGUGCAGCUAAAUGGCUCAUCCGGUCUGACCACAGAAGACCCUGUGACCAUGAUGGAUUCCAUUUUGAAUGAUAAUAUCAAUCUUUUGGGCAAGGUUGAGCUGUUGGAUUAUCUUGACAGUAUUGAUUGCAGUUUGGAAGACUUCCAAGCCAUGCUGUCAGGAAGACAAUUUAGCAUAGACCCAGAUCUUCUGGUUGAUCUUUUCACUAGUUCUGUGCAGAUGAAUCCCACAGAUUACAUCAAUAAUACAAAAUCAGAGAAUAAAGGAUUAGAAACUACCAAGAACAACGUAGUUCAGCCCGCUUCAGAAGAAGGAAGAAAAUCUAAACCCAAAACAGAUCAGCAACUUAUCCAAUACACUGCCUUUCCACUCCUCGCAUUCCUUGAUGGGAACCCCGCUUCUACUGUUGAACAGGAAAGUACAACAGCAGCAUCAGAAGCUGCAUCUUCUGUAGAGAAACCCAUAGAAAUUGAUGAGCUCCUGGAAAGCAGCCUGGAUCCAGAACCAACCCAAAGUAAGCUCGUCCGUCUGGAGCCACUGACUGAAGCUGAAGCUAGUGAAACCACGCUGUUUUAUUUAUGUGAACUUGCUCCUGCGCCUCUGGAUAGUGAUAUGCCACUUUUAGAUAGCUAAAUCUUCAAGAACUGGACUUUGUGUAUAUAUAUUCAUCAAAAUGAUGAAUUAUUUAUUUAAAGUAUCAUUUGGUACUUUUUUUUUUGUAAAUUGCUUUGUUUUGUUUAAUCAGAUACUGUGGAAUCUAAAGCACCUUUUGCUUUUCUCACUAACGACAUACUUUUUUUUGCAAAGCUGUCAUGUUACUCAGCUAAAUAGGUACACAAGAUUCAAUGCACAAUAUUGGCAUAUCUUUUUAGUUGAAUUUAAAUGGCCAUUUUUCUCCAGUUGCAGUAAAUUGGAUUUAAUUUUUACAUAAAAACCCACUAACCCCAGUUUAAACUUUCGUUUGUUUAUUUUACUUGUUUGAGAUGUCUGAUUUCAUUGAGUGUGGGUCUCUAGAACUAAUGGUAGGACUCUUAAAGCUUUGUCUGUUCUCGUUAAUUUUAUUAAAUAUUUUUCAUUUUGCUUAUUUUUAAAACUGGGAACAUAAAGUGCCUGUAUCUUGUAAAACUUCAUUUGUCUAUCUUGGUUCAAAAAAGUUUUAUUUAUGUUCAGAACAGUUCAUGUUCAACAGGGAAGGCAAAAUGUACAUGGGUGGCUCAUUCUCUGAUAGGAUUCCAGCUUCAUCUGCCUGGAAGAAAGAAAGAAGGGAUGGGAUGAAGUCAGCCCCAUCUGACCCUGUUGGACUAGUUUUAAGUAAACAUUUUCUGAUCUGUUUGUGUUUUAUUGAACCAUCCUUAGUCAAAUAAAUAUAAUGAAUGUUGA